AUGGUUGGAGCUACAGUCCAAAUGCGCGAGGGCGCCGAGCUCGUCGGCGAACACGGCUACCGCUACCUUCUCGUCAAGCCACUCGGUCAGGCCAAUGUAUGGGUCGCUGUCGACGCAGCUUCUCAAUCGAAAAUCUUCAUCGUGAAGCAACCCGGCGACGAUGACGUCGGUUUUGGAUGGCCAAAGUUCCAACACGAGAUGAUCAUGCACGAGCUCCUCAAGGGCAUUCCAACGAUCCGACAACAAGUGGACCGCAUCCCACCAUCCGCUAGAGGCGAACCGCCCCGAAUCGUGCUCGAGAUCCUCCAAUCGACUCUCUGGGAUGCGCGCAAGAAGCGCCAGUUCAGUGAUGUGGAACUCAAGGGUAUCAUGCGCUCGGCGUUGAUGGGCUUGCGGGAUGUGCAUCAACGAGGAUUGGUGUAUGCAGACCUGAAGAUGCAGAACAUCCUCCUCAGCGGCUUCGAAGACGAACCCAACAAAAAAGCCUCCGUCGGCGACGACCGCAUCACCGCCAAACUCGGAGACCUAGGAAUCGUCAUGGAGCCAGCCAAAGGCCUCGUCCAACCCAUCGUAUACCGCGCCCCCGAAGUCUACUUCCGCAACGAGAUCAACCAGCCAGCCGACAUCUGGUCCUGGGGCGUCAUCUACUGCCAGCUCCUCGAAGCGCAGGCCUCCUUCAACAAAUACGGCAUCUACGACGAGCUCCUCCAAGGCAACACAGGCCAAGGCCAGAAAGAACGAUCCGUCGAACGAGCUAUAGCACACGACUUCGGACUAGGCGCCUUGGACUACUACGACGGCUGUAGACUUCCAUACCACGACCGCUCGCACCACGAAGGACAACACUGGGAGAGGUUGCUGGAGAAGGGUGUUCCGGAGAAGGAAAUCAAGUUCCUGAGCUGGGUCCUGAACCCGGUUCCUACGGAUAGGCCUACAGCACAGGAGAUUCUGGAUGCGGGCUGGUUCACCAUGGAUACGGCGAAGACGAGUAAGAUUGCUGAGAAGCUGGAGAAGUCGGCGCAGGAUAGUCGACGGAGGAAUUUGCAGAGGAAACGCAGUGAGCCGCUGUUAUCCACGUUUUCUGCAUCUACACAACAACCCUCUGGAUUGUACACCCGCGAGCAACCCACUUCCUUCAGAAACACAACAGCCUCAAAUACAAAUACAAAUUCGACAAAUUGGGCUCCGGCUGGUAUGCCAUGGCACCCGCAAUCAUCCCAGUCAUAUUCUCAGCCAAAGUCGUCGCAAGCGCAACCUCAGCAACAGUCUUCCACCCAACAAGGUGGCCCGCCGUACCAACCCAUGUCCUUCAAACCCGUCACGGUCCAAGCGAAAGAGGAAUUGGAACACAAGGCUCGGCCGGUUACGCCGAGGAGUGCGACGCAGAAACCGAGUGGGAGUACGUUUUUGAAUUUUGGAAGUUUUAUGCGGUGA